AUGUUAUCGUAUGUUUUUAGGAACCCUUCAAGGUGUCUUAUUGAUAAAGUCAUCCCUUUAAGAGCACUCAAUCGCUAUUCUACUCAUGUGUUAGAUGCUGCUAAGAGGAAAAGUAUUCUAGACCUUAAUAAGAAGUAUUUGGCUUGUGAACCUCUAUCUAUGUGCACUGCUUAUGAUUAUAUAACUGCAAGUUGGGCUCAAAAAUCUAACUGUGAUAUGAUUCUUAUUGGUGAUUCAUUGGCGAUGACUUCACUAGGGUAUAAAUCAACUACAGAUCUUCCAUUCGAUGAGUUUAAGUACCAUGUCAAAUCUGUAUGCAGAGCUGAAGGUUCAUCAUUAGUGGUUGCUGAUAUGCCAUUUGGUAGUUACGAGACUAGUCAUGAAGUUGCCAUUUCGAAUGCACUACAAUUAUUAAAGCUUGACAGUAAUGUAGCUUCUCUUAAGAUAGAAGUUGGUAUGCAUACUAAGGAUAAGUAUACCAUAAAUCUGGUAAAAGAGAUGUGCUCGAGAGGGAUACCCAUUAUGGGUCAUAUUGGAUUGACUCCUCAGAGGUCCCAUUCGUUAGGAGGGUUUAGAGUUCAAGGUAAUAAAUCAUAUAAAGAAAUCAAAGAACUGUUAGAAACGGCUCUAGUCUUACAAGAUGCAGGUUGUUGGGCACUUGUGCUUGAGUGUAUUCCUCAAAAGGUUGCUGGAUAUAUAACAUCUAAGUUAAAUAUACCAACAAUCGGUAUAGGUGCAGGGACUCAAACUAGUGGACAAGUUCUGGUCAUGUCUGAUAUGUUAGGAAUGUUGCCAGGAGGAGUUCCCAAAUUUGUUAAACAGUAUUCUAGUAUACACAGAGUUGCCUCAGAUUCUAUUUCAAAAUAUAUCGAUGAAGUAGAAAGUGGGAAAUUCCCAUCAAAUGAUACCCAUACUUUUAAGAUAAAGAACGAGAUAUGGGAAGAAUUUAUAAAUCAUGAACAAAGUUAA